CUAAACCAGCGGUCGAUCAAAAUGGACAAUUUUACCUGCAUUUUCUUAAUACAGGGAUUUUUACUUCUCUUCGUUUCAAAUUGUUACAGUCAAGACAUCUUCAUUGAUGGGAACCCAAACCGCCAAGUGCAAGGAACAGAGAACGCCUUGUUCAAAUGUGAAGCAUCUGUUACAGACAACAAAGAUCCUGAGCUCAAGUGGUUUAACCCGAGCAAUGAACAAAUCCUUGAUGAUGGAUCUAAUAAACACAUGAGGUUGAUACCAACUGCUUCAAGCAACACCCUCACAGCACAGUUAGAGAACAUCACAGAGUCAAUGGCUGGUGUUUACCGAUGUGAAGGAGUCUUUGGUCCGGAUAGCGUGAAGAAGGAGGCCACGGUCACGCUCACUGUUUCAGCUCCGAUCAUUACCACUGGCAUCGAAAAAUACCAAGCAUUCACACAGGGCCAGGAUGCAGUUGUUAGAUGUUCCUCUAACAGCAAUGGCUUUGAAACUUCCUGGUAUCGCAAGUACGACGCCACUGUUGAGUUGCCUAUCAGUAAGGAUGAUCCUAAGAUGAUACAGACUGAUGAGGGCCUUCUGAUUAAAAACAUCACUACAGAUGACGGCGGCACCUACAUCUGUAUGAUCCUCUCUUCCAUAACCUUCAAGAAAGUUCCCAUCACUGUGUUUGUCAAGGUACCACCAGUUAUUACUCAGUCACCUUCAAGACAGGAAACCAUUACUGGUACAUCAAUGAGAAUGGAAUGUAGGGCUACUGGAAUCCCGGAACCCAAGUAUGAAUGGUUCAAGAUUGGUCAAACAAAUGCUCUAGUCGACGGUGACCGUUUUUCAAUAGAUGCAGUCGUAGGCACCUUUAUCAUAAACGAAGUGAUCAUUGACGACAAAGGAAUCUAUCGCUGUGAGGCCUACAAUGAUGCUGGGAGAGCUAUGAAUGAAGCAGAACUGAAUGUUCUAAUCCCACCUUCAAUCAGAGAGCUCAACAACAUGUCUGCCAAUGAGGGAACCUCAGUGACUCUGCGUUGUGUGGUCAAUGGUGACCCAAUUAAAUCUAUCACUUGGGAAAAGGGAGGAGUCUCCUUCAGCACUGGUAAUCAAGAUGUGGAAGGCAAUUCUGGUGACCUGGUUUCUGUGAAAACAAAUGUACGUGAGACGGACAUGGCUGAAGAGAAUCAACGGAUGUCUGAACUAACCAUUAACAACUUGUUACCUGAAGAUGCUGGAAUGUAUGAAUGUCAUGCUGAUGGUGGUAAAUCUGGUACAGCUGAAGGCCAAAGCAUCCUCACUGUUAGAUAUGCACCUGUUUUUGCCAAGGAUCAGAAGGAACACAAUUAUACAUGGGCCGGGCAGACUGGAGUGCUUCGUUGUAUUACUAAGGGUGAACCCCUCCCCACCAUCGAAUGGUUCCGAAAUGACGUCAAGAUCCUGCAGGGCCAGAGCUACUUUGAUCAAACUGACCGACAAGUAGAUGCUGUCACGCGUGAAGGAGUCCUCAUGAUUCGUGUCGACUUCGGAAAUGAGAAUGAAGUCUACACCACAUACACAUGUCAGGCAACCAACGAUAUGGGCGUUAGCCAGAAAAACAUCACACUUGUUAAGUCAAGUGUUCCAGUAUUGAACAAAGUAUCUGAACUGGAAUUGACCCCCACCACUGUUAGAUUCAGCGUAGAGGUUGCCUCUGUAACUAAUGGACCUCCACCAACAUCUGUUUUGGUUGAGUACGGCACUGGAAAUAUCACUGAAGUAAAUCUAGACCGAAAUGGCCCAACCAUUGUAGAAAUCGAAAAACUGCAAGUAAACACUCCAUACACAUUUCAAUUCUUUGCUAAGAGUGAGGCUGGCCGCAGUGUCUCUGAAACAGUUCAACUCACCACAUUAGCCAUGAGAGAACCUUAUCCUACUGAAGUCAUGUCAAAGCCUGAAAGUGAUGAAUCCACAAGAUACCUGUUACAAUGGAGCCCUCCAAAGACUGGCGGCUCACCCAUCCUAAACUACAACGUCCGCUACCGUAUGGUUUCUGUAAAAGAUGAGAAAAGUGUUGAAAACAAGUACCAAUUUGAGGAGGAAUUGAGAGGAUGGUAUACAGUUAAACCAGCACCAGCAGGAGGAUCAUCUACAUUAAGGUUAGACGGUCUCGUUCAUUCCACAUUCUACCAAGUUGAGGUAACCGCUACCAACCUCAAGGGCACAUCUGAACCACGACCCUUCAUCUUCCGCACAGCCAACCAUGAAUCGGGUUCCAACCCAGAUGCCGGCCCAUUAGAGAAGGGUGCUUUAGAAGCUUCAGAGAGCAAAGACAUCGGACUUCCUAUCGGAAUAAUCAUCCUCAUUGUGGUAGUUGUCUUCAUCGUCCUCUUCGUUAUUGUUGACGUGACAUGCUACUUCCGCAACAAAUGUGGUGUCAUCAUGUGCCUGAAGGAGCGUGUAGGUCACGCGGGUUCAGCAGACACACGCAGUAAGGAACCUAUCAUGGAAUCAGGAGAAAGCGAGAAGGGUACUCUGCCAAUAGGAGGUGUACAGAACAAAGACGGCCAUCUUGUGGAGGAUGAGAAGAAGGUGCCACUGCUUGACUCUGAGGGCGGGGCAAAGGACGAAGUGGAAGAAGAGAAUGAAAUAGCUGCUAAGGAGGCAGAGGAGAUGGAACCAGAAGACAAACAACCAGACGCAGCGGACACCAAACCGGUGGCAGAGGGCGAGGAGGCUAAGGAUGAUCCUGCCCCGACACCAGAAGUGACAGCAGACCCUGUCCCACCUCCACAGGUUGCGACCACACCCCCUGCAUCUGACGGCCCGGCAGAGUUGCCUGUGGCAACCGAACCCAGUGCCUAGUGACGUCAGUGCUGAUCAAUAUGGAACGAGCAGGGUAUAUAAAGUUUGGGGUGGGCGUGACGGACAGAAUAACUGCUGUGUGUGGGCGGAGCAUACAACGUGAUAUUUCUUCAAUCUAGAGAUGAUCAUUGGUCAAAUAGACAUUUGAUUGACGGCUUUAAUUCAUUCCAUACAUACUUCUGGAUUGUACAACAACCCCAGAGUGUACGGGAAGGGAUUAGUAAACAUGACUUUUUGAGGACCUAUUUGAACCAUCGCCUUGGCUAGUUGAAACUAAUCCCUGUUGCCCUAAAAGGGCACACUUGUGUCCCUGUAUUGCUUGUGUGAAAGGAUGCAAGAGUUGGGAGCUGAGACGAAAGGUCAAUUCUGGCAAAACUACCACAACACCAAUAUUUUGUAUUUAAAACAAAAGUAAACCUUUUUUUAUAUAAAACCUUGGAUUUCAUAAUUGGAUAGAUAAGAAUAAACAUUUUUUGACUAAAAUAGGCCCCACAGAUAAUUUUUAAUAUACUCAGUGCAAUUAUAAUUAAAUCAUAUAAAUACUCAGGAAAAUCUUCAGUUGUGAAUGCCAGACUUAAGAGUUUGUCUCAGCUCCAUUUGAUUAUGUAUUUAUUUGUACGAUUGUCUGUUUGUUCCUCGCCUUAUAUUAUAUUUCUAGUUACACCCAGGUCUCUCAGGGACCAGGGCUAUAAGUGACUCCAGCAGAUUAAAAGGCGUACUUGAUUUGUUGACGCAGGGAUACUUCGAUCAUUACGUGUGCUCAACUGUACAACAGGACAAUUGGAGCUGCAGCAUUCAUUAGCUGACCCGCAUCAACCAAUCAAAUGUGCCCUGAUCAAUUGUACAUACAUUACUCGGGACCAGAAAUACCAGCAAAGAAAAAUGUAAUCUUUUUAUUAUGCAAAUGAUAUGUAGCUAUUGUGGUAUGUUGUCGAACACCGGAUAUACGUCAGAGCUCUUGUUUCUGUAGUCACGUGGUUUAUUGAAAAUGACAGUUCUGCUAAGUCGUUCUAUAUAAAGAUGUUUUACAUGAAUGUGCACUGUAAUGUACGUGUUCUCGCUCAGAUCUCAAUGUAGUGAGAUCUGUUUAUAUUCAUGAAUAUUCAUUAGAAUAAAAUCCCUCAGUACUAUAAACUUAUACAGCAUGCAGAAAAAGCAUUGCAUUAAAAUUGAAAAGAAAAUACGGAAACUAAUUGAAAUUAUAUAAACAUGGAAAUAUAUUUCCAAAAAUUAACAUUUAAAAACAUUUUUAAAUAGAGUUCAUGAAUUAAAUCAUCGAUUAUUGUUUGACCUCUACCCUUUGCCCUCCAUUGUCGUUAACUUUUGACCCCUGAUAUUCAUUAUCAUAGGUAAUAACUUAUGCGGGUUGUGUUGAUUUUGUUACUCUGUACAGUAAAAGUUAAGUUUUGAAUCUAAGAGUUAUUUGUUGAGGCAGUCAUAUGUCAAAGACGAUAGUUCAGAAAUAUUUUUCUUUAUUUUAUCUAUAGUUGUUAACAAAAAAGUCGAAUACCAAAAAACCUGUUCCAAAUUUAAUAGAAACUGAUUUAUCAUCGUUAUUUCAUAAUUUUGAUUGAAGCAUUUUCCGUUAUACCUCAGAUUACUUGCAACGUCUUGCUUGUCUGACAUCAUAACUACGCAUUUGCGUCAGAAUGAUUGUUGUUAUGAUCUCCUGUGCUUUUGUGAUGUCAAGCUUUAAUUCAAGUCAUACAACAGCUUAAACAGACGAUCGAUUGAGUAAAACUGUCAAAUACUUUCAAUAUAUAGUGGAUUGAUCACGUGACAUCCAAAGUAUGUGUAAAUAUGAUUGAGCUCUCCUGUAAACUGUAUGCCUGAGUGACCUCCCUUGACACCUUAAAUGUCUACACUUGUAUGGCGCCCCAUUCCAUUCCCAUAAGUAACAAACAACAUGAUCAGUAUAAAAAUAUCCCUCUCAGUAGAAAUACAUACAAGGACAAACAUACAUAUUCUCAUGUUGCCAUAGUGAUUAAUUUUGUGUAAAAUUAAAUAAUAAUUAUUUCUUGAUCUGUGUAAUUUCUUCUAUUUUCUAGCUUUAUUGAAGAGUUCCCGAAUUUUUUUUAAUUGUGUUAUAGAUAGAAGGAAGAAUACAUCUAACAUAAGGUAACCGGUUUAGCUGUAGUGGAAAAGAUGUCACUACUUAUAACUAAUUAAUACUGUAGUUAUAGGAACAGACGGGGCUGAUGCUCAAUUAUAAUCACGAUGCAUCUUAACCAUGAAGUAUUAUUUUUAGGUGACACAAAUCAGUGUAAACAGGAAACAUCCUUGAUGCAAUUGUAGAUUGUGGAAACAGCAUCUAGUAACAUUACACUGUUGAAGGAUAUGACGCAUUUUCAAACAAAUGUAUGCUGUGCCAUCAUAUAUUACCUUUAUGAAUCAUAAAAAAGCCAUACAGGUGAUCGCUAAUAUGUGCAUUCCAUUGGUAGGGAGCAUAGAUAGUUGGAGUUUCCGUAACAUGACGUCAUGUUCAUGCGCACAAUUCAGUGAUGUCACAGCUGUGCUCUUGAUUCAAUGACGUCAUGCUCAUGUAUCCAUAUUGGACAUUAUAUUUUGUUCUGUAUUCAUCGCUAAUCGUCGGAGAAUAAAUUAUUCAUUCAUCAAUAAAUUUUAUAUUCGUUUGAGUGCCAUAUACUUGUAUAGUAUUCAUGCUUAGGUACUACAUAGUUAUCUUAUAUACGAAACAUCGGUAUGGGAUGGAGCAAUUAUGGUGAGGACCAGUCUUAAUGAUAUCCACUUCCUGUUUCUGGUGACACGGUUACACACGAUUAUUGUUUAAUUACUUCUUAUGGCCAUGUGCAGGGAAAAUAAUUUUUAAAGUACACUUUAAAUUUUGAAAAGUUUCAUCUGUUAGAUACUAUGAAUAUUUUUUGUAAUGAUGGUCUGUCAUUAGAUAUUUAGUUAUUUACCAGAACAGACCAUUUACAACAUUCUCCUAAACAUUUUAUUAUUACAAACGAAAGUCAUGAUCUCAACUUUCUUAAAUGGUGAAUGUUCUUGAAAAAUCCUUAGAAUAGUUAUAUAAGAUAAUAACCGAGUCCCAAACAGGUGCCUGACCACCUCGAAACAGUGCAAGUCCUGGAAAAUUGACUGAAUCAGUUCCCAAUGAGAAAAGAAACUCCAGCAAGUUCAUUGGUACUUUAUGAUUGGCUCCAUAUCCAUGUCUUUGUUGAUUUUGUACAGUUUGACUUGCAGUCGCUUUCUGUGCCAACAUGUGAUUGUAACUUGUAAAAGCCUGCUCAUUUACACCAGGUACUAGAAAAACGACUCCUUAUAUUUAAUAUUAGGUUAUACUCAAUACCUUUUAAAAAAACAAUCUUGGAAUAAUUUAUGAAUGUAUACGUGAUUUUUGUUUACAAGUCUUGUUCUCUGUUUAGCCGUAAUCGCCACAAAUACGGUAGUUUUAUGGCUUUGCGAUCAACAUAGUUUUACCACACUUUAUCAUAUAAUGUCAUAUACUAAAUCUAGCAGUAAAAAUUAUUCCUAAUAUAAAUUUUUGUUUUCAUCACAUAUAUGCUCCCUUGGUGUGAUAAUCAUAUGUCCUUUUUGAUGAAUCACUCUGCUAAAUAUCUCCAAUAUUAGAGACCUUCGUUGUUUUAUCAACCAGUGAUAAAUCAUAAUUAGUCAUGAUUCAAUGAUAAAAUUGUGAAAUACACAAAAACUGAUUUCACAUAUGUAAAGUACACAUGAAGUGAUUACUCGUUUCAGCGAUACACAAGAUGUGCUGACUCAUUUAACAGGUAUGAUUGAAUGCAUUUUGGAUAUUCACAGAAACUGAACUAUACAGGAUGUUUAUCAAACUUUAAGAGUAAACCACUUAAUCAGUUAUGGAAUUUUUAAGUUACAGUAUAUUUUUUACAAGAAUCAACUUUCACUAACCCACAUUUAGAGAUUGUACUUAGUUCAAGGGGAUAUGAAGUGGACAUCACCUUCUCCUUAUUCUAAUUGUUGAUAAGAUUAUCAUAUAGAAUAAAUUAAUAUUGGCUUGUACAACUAUUCCAUGGUGUUUCAGGCAGUCAAUACUCUUAGAUAGUUGUUUGUCCAGCCAAAUAGCAACGUACAGUUGGAUGUAAUAUUAAGCUAUUGGCUUUGUGUGUUGAUCGCAAAGAAAAUGUCUGUCGUUUGAAUUUGAUGAUCAUGUAUACAUUUCAUUUUAAUUAUUAUUAUAAUAAUAUAUAUUAAUGAUUUCCUUUCACAAUGUAUCAUAUAUACGUAUAUAUAUUUACACAUUCUCUGUACAUAAUGAGGCUUUGUAGAAUUGUGUUAUGUCCUUGCCUACUUCUGACUUCAGUAUAAUUUGAUAAUGGUGUAUUAGAUAUCAAAGCAUAAUUGGUUAAAACUUCAAGGACAGGAUAAUAACUUGAAAGGAUGUGUAUUGAAAAGGUUGAAUGUUUAUCUAACUUUUUUUCAAAAGUAUUUAAAUCAUAUUUGAAUGAAUUAAGCUAACAAUGCGUCAGAUAUUGGUGUUUACAUGUUGCUUUUCUAUGGAUUUUAGGAUCCGGUUUUUAUAAGCGUUGUUAGCUUAAACUUACGUUUUACUCAGAUUUUGAAUUUAAAAUAUGGCCGAACUCUCUUUAUAUUUUACCAUCAUAUUAUCAACUUUAAUUUUAUAAGUGACUUUUUGUCCAAAAUGACACCUAAUCUUUUGUUCGAUUUUAAAAUUUGUACAAUCUGGGUAUGGUUGUCUUACUGUGCUUAUUGUGCAUAUUGAUUGGGUAUUACUUUAAAUCGCCAGGAGUGCUCUCUUAUAUGCCCUUUCUGAUGUCUCUGGUGUUUUCUGCAGUAGAAAAUUUCAUAAAUAGAAUUUAAGAAAUCCCUUCUUUAAAAUGGGUUUCGUUGUAGGUAUUAACUGUAACUUACAACAGAUAUUUAUAUAAGAAUAUACAGUCAUUUUAUCAACAUCUUUAUAUUUUUCUUAAACAUACUUACAAACUCAUCAAUAUUCCAUUUUACAAAGUAUUGUUAUAAUUCUCAUACUUUUAGUAUAUAGAUAUAGCGAAAUACAUUAUGCCAGAUUUCAUUAAAUAAACUCACUAAACGGUUUGGCAUACCUAGAAUUUUUAUAAAUGUUUUUCAUCACUAAUAUAGAUCCAUAUUAAAUAAUUGGGUUACAUACCAAGAUAAAUUUGCCGAUUUGUAGGUAUACUCCUAGUUUUUCUUUGUCUCUGUAAUAGUAAUAUAUGGAGUUUUAAGAUUGUUAAAUAUCUUUCAGUACACUAUCAAUUAUAUAAGAAUGAUUCACAUUACUUCAUAAUCGUUUCCCAAACGAACCUAACGUUCACAUUCAAAGUUGAUCUGACAAUUAGGCCCAUGAUUAAUUGAAGUCCACUGUUCCAAGAUAGAUUAACUAUUAUCAUAUUUGAUUGUGUGUUGUUUUGUGAAAUAUCUGUUUCGUGAGGCAAUGUGUUAGUCAAGCUUAUUUUUGGAUGUUUAUUGUAAUAAAAUUGGGGAAAAAAUCGU